GCAGACUUCCUCAAACACACUCACGCAAACACUCGCUCCUCCUGUUCCUCCUCCUCCUUCUCCUCCUCCUUCUCUCUCUCCUUCUGCAGCUCUUCAAGCUGUAGCCUGGAGGGCAGGGUCACUCUGCUGGACUGCGUGCUGCUUUUCUCACAGACAGCUUAGCUCACUCGUAGACUAAGUUGAGUUGUGGACAGCGUGUUGACUCAGGCUGGGAAAGACUGUGUUGUGACUCUGAUGUACUGCGUGGACUGCACUCCCUGCCUCUGGAGCCCCCAUGUGGCUUUAGGCUGCUGCUCUGCUGAUCUCUGUUGUAGCUGCCGUUCGUCCGUGCUGUCUUGUCCCCACGGAAACCUACCCGGCAGGCAGAUGGUCUGAGCAGUCAAGGGAAAAGUUUCUAACAGCAGCUCGUUGGUAAAAUACACGAUCACAGAGAACCAGUCUCCUCUCUCUUACUCCAGUCUCCUCUGAGGCAGCUGACCAUCUCUAUGGAAGGGGCAACAGCAACAGGAGCGCUCUGGCUGAAGAGGUCGAGAUUCUCCCCUUCUUUCUCCGAUCUCUCUUUCUGAGUGACUGGACUAACUGUGGAUUAGGAUCUUUUUUUGUUGUCGAUUGGAAACUUCACACAUCACAACCUGGAUAUUACUUUAGAGGCUGAUUUCUAGAGUAAAGGCGAUCUUCUAGAGGUCUAGUGGGGAUCUUCUUGCCUGACCACCACCAUGGAAGAGCAGGCCGUGUCCAACAGUAGUCCCCAGCAUGGCCGAGGCCUGGGCAGGCAGAACGUCAUCAGGUGUGGCUGGCUGAGGAAGCAGGGAGGCUUUGUGAAGACUUGGCACACACGCUGGUUCGUACUUCGAGGGGAACAGCUACACUAUUACAAAGACGAGGAGGAGACUAAAGCCCUGGGGACCAUUCUGUUACCUGGAAACAGAGUCACUGAGCAUCCCAGCAAUGGUGACGAGGGGGGGAAAUUCCUGUUUGAGGUCUCUGCAGGAGGAGACAGGGAGCGGAUGACAGCGAAUCAUGAGACAUACCUUCUUAUGGCCAGCACCCAGAAUGACAUGGAGGAUUGGGUGAAAACCAUACGCAGGGUCAUAUGGGCCCCAUUUGGUGGAGGUAUCUUUGGUCAGAAGCUGGAGGAGACGGUGCGGUACGAGAGGCGUUAUGGGAGCAGGCAGGCCCCCAUGCUGGUGGAGCAGUGUGUGGGCUUUAUACGCAAGUGGGGCCUACGGGAAGAAGGACUGUUCAGGCUACCAGGGCAGGCCAACUUGGUCAAAGAGCUGCAGGAUGCAUUUGACUGCGGAGAGAAGCCCUCCUUCGACUGUAAUACAGAUGUUCAUACAGUAGCCUCUCUACUAAAGCUGUAUCUCAGAGAGCUACCAGAACCAGUCAUCCCCUUCUCCAAGUUUGAUGACUUCCUCUCCUGCACCAAAAUGCUCUGCAAGGAUGAGGAAUCUGGAAUGAAGGAACUGAAAAGACAAGUGGAAUGUCUACCUCCAGUCAACUACAAUCUGCUUCAGUACAUAUGCAGAUUUUUAGAUGAAGUCCAGUCCUAUUCAGGUGUGAAUAAAAUGAGUGUCCAGAACCUGGCCACGGUCUUUGGUCCAAAUAUACUACGGCCAAAGAUUGAAGACCCUGUAGCAAUCAUGGAAGGUACAGUGCUAGUGCAGCAGCUGAUGUCUGUUCUGAUUGGUCGUCACGACGUGUUGUUCCCUAGAGACGAGGACAGUCCCAAGACACUGGAGCUGGUCAACAACAACAAUGAGGUCCAGAAGAGGCUGACCCAGAUCGUGCCGACGGUACAGACUUCAGAACAGAACAACAAUACCCAAAUACCCCAGCAGAGGGUGAAACAGUGUUCUUGGGAGACCCCCGAGUCGCCUCACCGCCAGCCCCCGGUAGUGUUAGACAACGGCUCCGGUUCUCCUCGCUCAGCCAGCCCACUUAACGGCCAUGUUACCGGGCGCUUUGACCUGGCCCGCAGCCCGCCGUUAACCGUGAAGAAGAACCCGGCGGUCUCCAAGGGCAGCGGCGUGGUCACCAACGGCUCGUUUAGUUGUUCCCCCUCUGGAGACGCAGCCAACCAGGAGAAGAGCCAGACUCUGCCCGGAGUCAUCAGCGGCCUCCAGGCCCGGCGCACCUUGAAGGGCUCGGGCACCAAGAUGGGCACCAGCGGGGUCCCUAACGGAGGUGUCCGCAUGGGUGUGUCAAGUACCGACGUGGUCAACGGUACCCUGAACGGGCGUAAUGGUCUGUGGGUUCCCAAUGGCUACCCGGUCACCUUACGAGACAGCAAGUCUCGGGACUGUGGGGAGCAGACGACAGCCCAGAACCGGCUGUCCACCUAUGACAACGUCCAGCAACAACAACAACAACAACAACAGUUACAAAAUCAACAACAGCCGUGUCUCAGCUCUAGCUGUGAGGACAAGCAGAGUGUGGACAGUGCUACCUGGUCCACCUCCUCCUGUGAGAUCUCUCUUCCAGACAACUCCACGUCCUGCCGUUCUUCCACCACCACAUGCCCAGAACAGGACUUCUACGGUGGGCUGGGCCACUAUCAGGACCCCCUGCUGCUGCUGGAUGGACCUAGGGGGCUGUCCUCCCUCGACGAGCAGUCUCAGCCAGGGGGGGACGUGGAGGGGGAGCGGAGGAACGGGGCUGGAGGUAGUGGAGGGAGGGGUAGUGGAGCCACCAGCAGCAGUGAUAACAGUGAGACGUUCCCUGUCAAUAAAGGACCCAGUAGUCACAGUGCUCUACACAGCCUGGUGGCCAGCCUGAAACAGGAGAUGCAGAAGCAGAAGACAGAGUACGAGGCCAGGAUAACAAGCCUGGAGCACAGUAACCUGGAGUUGGAGACUGAGAGGACUCUUCACGAGGAGCUGAACCAAGAGAAGAAGAAGGUCACCAUGGUGGAGAUCAAGUUUCGUAACGCAGAGCGAGCCAAGGAUGACGCAGAGAAGAGGAACGAGAUGCUGCAGAAAGAGAUGGAACAGUUCUUCUCUACCUUCGGAGAUCUGACCGACGACCCGCGCAGGCCCGACCGGGCCAAUACCAUCUGGAUCCAGUGAGGGGUUGUGUCAGUGCAGGGUGGACUGUGCCAUUUGAAUCGAAUGAGAGGGGGUGGGACUUGACAAUGACUUGGAGACAUAUUGAAAGGGACAUUACCGUCUGGAUCUAGUGAGGGGGGUGUGUACCACCUGGGGGGUGAGGGAACGUGGGAGAAUGUACCAAGGAGAAACUUUGACAGACUGCACCACCUGAAUCUAGUGCGAGGGGGUGUCACAGUACACGGUGGAAUGUGCCAUUUUAAUCUAGUGCGAGGGGGUGUGGCAGUGCAGGGUGGACUGUGCCAUUUUAAUCUACUGAGAGGGUGUGUGGCAGUGCAGGGUGGACUGUGCCAUUUUAAUCUAUUGAGAGGGGGUGUGGCAGUGCAGAGUGGACUGUGCCAUUUUAAUCUAGUGAGAGGGUGUGUGGCAGUGCAGGGUGGACUGUUCCAUUUUAAUCUAUUGAGAGGGGGUGUGGCAGUGCAGGGUGGACUGUGCCAUUUUAAUCUAUUGAGAGAGGGUGUGGAGGUGAAAAGUGGACUGUGCCAUUUUAGUCUAGUGAGAGGCGAUGGGAGUAUGUACUAAGGCAGGUUUUCCCAAACUUGGUCCCUUGGACCCACGUGGCACACAUUUUGGUUUUUGCCCUAGUACUACACAGCUGAUUGAAAUAAUAAACUAGUAAUCAACCUUUGAUGGCAAAAACCAAAACGUGCACGUGUGGUCCCCAGGACUGAGUUUGGGUGACCCUGUACUGAGGAGUAGAAAAACCAUUGAGAGGGACAAUACCGUCUGAAAGCAAGAGACAUAUGGAUACAGUGUGUAGUGGGACAGGGUGCAUGUCGCUGGACCUCAACCAUGCUGACUGACUGUGGCAAUAUUACUGAAGACGCCAGGCGGCUGGUUAUCUGCCUGACACAGACUAUACCCAGCCUAUACAUGGACUACUGAAAGACUACACUACCCAUAAAACCAUUCUUCUUCCCCAUUUUCCUUCAAGAUCCAAUCAAGUAUAUAAUCAACCCUGUUCCAUGUUAUCAUGUAUCUGGCUGUGUAGAUAGAGGACCAUGUUAUCAUGUAUCUGCUUGUGUAUAUAGAGAAAAAACUAUGCUGAAGAAAAGUUAUGUUAUGUGUAAAAAAAAAUAUGUUACAAAAAUAUUUGUAUGUUUGUCUGGUAUAUUUAAACAACAUAACUACGUAUCCAUGUGUGACAUUUCCAUUUGAUAUGAACGCUUUUUGUUGAACAUACAUUUUAUUUUCAACAUGGUGGUACUGAAUUACUUUAUGUACGCAGAUUUAGUUUCUUGUGUCUCAAAUCAAGUUAAUAUAACUUGUGGCUUUUUUGCUACGGAGCCAUUUCAUUCAUCCCAAAGAAGAAGAGACAGAACAUGUACGUGUUUUUACAGACGCUUUGGUUUGUUUGUCUGUACUGUAGCUUUAAGACAUUGUCCAAUAGGAACGGUCUGGCUUCAAAUGAAUCAUAUUUUGUAGAUUCUAUUAAACCUAAAUACAAGUCUGGUCAGUAAUGGUUUCAACAUUGAAUGUUCAUCUAUAGUUGAUAUUUAUCCUAAACUGAAACUGUACACGCAUUGGUAAUAAGACCCAUCACUUGUUUUAGAAUGUUUGGUCUAAGACUGAAGAAAAAAAAGAAGAGCACUGUAGUUGUGAUGAUUCUGGGUAUUAACGGGCACUGUAAAAUCAGGGGUUACUACCUACAGUAGUAUUGGGGAGUAUCACAAUGUCAAGAGGCUUGAAGAAAUAGAGUUUCUCUGUGCUGGUUUCUCAAGCACUCCUGGCGUGGGUAGACUGUAUAAUAUGGCCACACAUAAAACAGAGACUAACUGUUUAUAGUGGUAUAGAUUCAGUCUGCAGCAGCCCUGGACCCUGUGGAGUAGAGACCUGAACCCUGUGGAGUAGAGACCAGAACCCUGUGGAGUAGAGACCUCAUGGUGGACCUGAACCCUGUGGAGUAGAGACCUCAUGCUGGGCCUGGACCCUGUGGAGUAGAGACCUCAUGGUGGGCCUGGACCCUGUGGAGUGGACCUGGACCCUGUGGAGUAGAGACCUCAUGGUGGGCCUGGACCCUGUGGAGUAGAGACCUCAUGGUGGGCCUAGACCCUGUGGAGUAGAGACCUCAUGAUGGGCCUGGACCCUGUGGAGUAGAGACCUCAUGGUGGGCCUGGACCCUGUGGAGUAGAGACCUCAUGGUGGGCCUGGACCCUGUGGAGUGGACCUGGACCCUGUGGAGUAGAGACCUCAUGGUGGGCCUGGACCCUGUGGAGUAGAGACCUCAUGGUGGGCCUGAACCCUGUGGAGUAGAGAAAUCAUGGUGGGCCUGGACCCUGUGGAGUAGAGACCUCAUGGUAGGCCUGGACCCUGUGGAGUAGAGAUCUCAUGGUGGGCCUGGACCCUGUGGAGUAGACCUCAUGGUGAGCCUGAACCAUGUGGAGUAGAGAUCUCAUGGUGGGCCUGGACCCUGUGGAGUAGAGACCUCAUGGUUGGCCUGGACCCUGUGGAGUAGAGAACUCAUGGUAGGCCUGAAACCUGUGGAGUAGAGACUUCAUGGUGGGCCUGGACCUUGUGGAGUAGAGAUGUCAUGGUGGGCCUGGACCCUGUGGAGUAGAGACCUCAUGGUGGGCCUGAACCCUGUGGGGUAUAGAUCUCAUGGUGGGCCUGGACCCUGUGGAGUAGAGACUUCAUGGUGGGCCUGAACCCUGUGGGGUAUAGAUCUCAUGGUGGGCCUGGACCCUGUGGAGUAGAGACCUCAUGGUGGGCCUGGACCCUGUGGAUUAGAGACCUCAUGGUGGGCCUGAACCCUGUGGAGUAGAGACCUCAUGGUGGGCCUGGACCCUGUGGAUUAGAGACCUCAUGGUGGGCCUGGACCCUGUGGAGUAGAGACCUCAUGGUGGGCCUGGACCCUGUGGAUUAGAGACCUCAUGGUGGGCCUGAACCCUGUGGAGUAGAGAUCUCAUGGUGGGCCAGUACCCUGUGGAGUAGAGACCUCAUGGUGGGCCUGGACCCUGUGGAGUGGACCUGGACCCUGUGGAGUAGAGACCUCAUGGUGGGCCUGGACCCUGUGGAGUGGACCUGGACCCUGCACCAUAUAGAUGGAUACUGGCCUGUUGUUAGAAUGUGUUGUGUAUAUAUACUAGCAUUACUGAGAACCAAUGGGGGUGUGGCUCGCACAUUGUGGGGACUCUGUGAAAGUUUUUUUCUGAAGCAUCUUUAAAAAAGAAACUAUUUAGAUUGCUACGCUACACAGCUGUGUAUGGACCUGUGGGGAAUGUAGUGGAUACUUAUGUCUCUGUCAUACAGCACUCACAGUUACAAGGACCUGGUGCUGCCUGCCUACUGUGGUCUGUCAGAGAGGAAGAGGUGAACCAAAGAGGGAUAACUGGGCCCGAAAUCUGUCAGAGAGGAAGAGGUGAACCAAAGAGGGAUAACUGGGCCCGAAAUCUGUCAGAGAGGAAGAGGUGAACCAAAGAGGGAUAACUGGGCCCGAAAUCUGUCAGAGAGGAAGAGGUGAACCAAAGAGGGAUAACUGGGCCCGAAAUCUGUCUUCUCCACCAGGUGGCGCUUUUGUUUAGUUUAUUUCAAUUCAAGGGGCUUUAUUGACAUGGGAAACACAUGUUAACAUUGCCAAAGCAAGAGAAAUAGAUCAUAUACUAAAUUUAAAUAAACAAUAUAAAUGAACAGUAAAAAUUACACUCACAGAAUUUCCAAAAGAAUAAAGACAUUUCAAAUGUCAUAUUAUCUAUAUAUACAGUGUUGUAACGAUGUGCAAAUGGUUAAAGUACAAAAGGGACAAUAAAUAAACAUAAACAUGG